AUGAGGCAGCAGACAGGGAUCGGCAAUUGGCUGGAUUGUCAGGAGAGAAGCUCUUGCGUUUCUGAGCUGUGAGAGCAAAUUCUGCCAGUCUUAAGUAUGACCAGAAAGAUCUUCACCAACAGCAGGGAGAGGUGGAGACAACAGAAUGUCAACAGCGCAUUCGCCAAGCUGAGAAAGCUUAUACCCACUCAUCCUCCGGACAAAAAGCUCAGCAAGAAUGAGACCCUUCGCUUAGCCAUGAGGUACAUCAACUUCCUUGUCAAAGUGCUUGGGGAGCAAGGCCUGCAGCAGACAGGGGUGACUCCGCGAGGAAGAAUAUUGGGGCUAUUCCAGCAGAGUCCAAGUUUGGAAAGCAUGGAAGAAUUGACUCUCAUUGAAGACUCUGAGGUCCCUUCUCCCAACACAAGCAGCAAUGUCCCAGAGUGCUGGUCAGAGACAUCCUCUCCAUGACGAACCAUCAGUCAGGGCUGUAGUCCUGGUAGUAAUUUGAUAGUUCCCCUUUAUAUAAGUUGUGGGUUGUUUGCCUAUGUACAGUAUUUAUUUAUUUAUCUGCUCUUUUAAGUGUAUUUUGUGUAAAAUAUUUCUUUGAAGAUGGUAAAUUUCAGUAAUUAAAACAGAAAUAUUCAAUCUCUGGAAAUUAAUCAGGAUUCCAACAAUUUAACUUGCCACAAAGCGCUUUGAUUUCAA